AUGGAAAGUGACGAUGCGUGGACGCGUGAUACUGGACCUUCGAUUGUUAAAAAUGCACAAGGUGAACGUAUCGGUAUUGACUGGGUAUUCAAUGCUUGGGGCGGAGAAGAAGGCGGCUUGUAUUUCCCAUGGGAUCAAGACCAGCUCAUUGCCAAGCAAAUCUCUGCGAUGCAUGAGCUGGAUAGUUUUUCUACACCUUUAGUGCUAGAGGGUGGCUCCAUCCAUGUGGAUGGUGAA